AUUCAGGGGAUUACAACUGUAAGUACCCACGUUGUUCAGAAACUGAAGAAGAAAGCAUUCCUGUCACCAUCAUGUCUUGGGAAAAUGUAGUAAGGUGUGCUCUAGAUAACAAGGAGGCUCUACCUGCACAGGUAGCAGACUACGUAAGUUCAGUAAAUUCUGAGAACUUGCCAAAUAAACCAGCAGAGCUUGCAGUGAAAAUUGUCUCUGAUGAGGGAGCUGAGCCAGGAUCACACCCUGAUUGCAACAUGCAGUUUGACUAUGACUCUUGUAUGUGUAGAUUCCCGAAGAACUCCAUCCAAGGCGCUCAAAUUCGUUACUCCUGGUUUAUUGGUAACAAUCUCUUGGCCGUUUCUUUCUGGGGGGCAGAUGAAGAGAAGAGACAACUUGAAAAAGUGGUUUUUCAGACAGAUAACAUUGAAGUGGCAUUCCAGCUUCUCUGUGCUCUUAGAUAUGUGCAGGUGUUGAGCUAUGAGGCCAAAAGUGAAUCUGCUGAAAGAUUUGUAUCAACUUUUGCACCUGUGAAAGUGGGUCUCUUCCAAAUUGGACUUGAUGAAAACCCUCCUGCUGAUUCACCUUAUUCCUGGUUAGUGUUAGAUGAAGAACUUGUUGCCAUUUAUGCUGAUAUCCUUGACAGUAAACCAAAAGUGGACCCAAUGUUCUUCUAUACAGAAUCAGGGGUAAAUUGUGUAGAUAAGGUGAUUUUAAGCAAAUUAGUGAACCCGUGGUUGGUUGUGUUUGAAUCCCAGGCAAGAAAAAUUGUAAUUGGGAAUCCAGCUGAAGAAAAACCAGAGGGAAGAUUUUUGGCUGGGGACGAAACUCCAUUGACUGCAGUGUUAAGGAAACUAACACCAAAAUCAAAAGGGUUAUUUAGAGAUCCUGAUGCCUAUAUGAAGCAGCUGUUCCAUCAAGGGGCUGAAGCAAAUCCUCUCACUGCAACCCGAAAUCCACUACCACGUCCACGCCGUGAUGAGGAAGGUAAUGAGAGGGAGAUAGAAAAUGUCUUACUGGAAUCCUUACAAGCCCAGCUCACGCCGCAGCAGACGGUGCAGGAUCUCGAUGAAAACCUGCAAAUGAUGUGGGUCAUGGCGAAGUCCGAGAUGGAAGAUAUGAUAGCCAAGGGCCUGGUACCUGGAUCUUCAAUCAUCAGCGGAGGACUUGAUCCAGAUUCUGUUGAUCACUUCAAGAAAUGUGUAGAUGAAAUUCAAGAAGCAUUAUUUGAACAAAGGUAUGAAAUUGCACUUAGUCACAUGAGGGGUGCUUCCAAAAUUUUCUCUGAGUCCAAAAAUGAUACCAUGAAGUCUUUCUUCAACUUGGACAACGAGCUUGAGGUUUUGGAGAGGUUGUUCCUCUGCAGCUUGGCAAAACAAUGAUGAGGAGUUUGGAAUAUUUUGGUGAAUUUUUGUGAGAGACACGAGACAAACAGUGAUCACCACUGAAACUAAAUUUAACAGAUGAACAGAUACAUGUGCAUCAAUUCAUUUGAUUCUGAUUAGACCAAGAGACUUCACCUUUCAAUGGAUAAAUGCAGCCUUUCUUGUUUUAUUGAGAACAAGUUAUUAUUAUAAUUUUAUUUUGGACAACUUACAUUUUAUAUUAUGAUUUUCAGUCACUGGUUGCAUCCUAGUAAGACAAUUUUGAUGAAAGCUUGAUAUGUUGAUGUCCUUACAGAUGAUACAUUAAAAAGUUAAAUACUAUAUUUAUCAUUGAAUAUAAAGAAUGUCACUUGUAUAUUCUUAUUAAUUUUUGAUUUACUUGAUAGUAGCUUUAAUAUUUUACACAUUUUAUAUUCUUUAUUCAGUUAACAUUCUGCUCAUUCAUUCUGCUCAUUCUGUAAAUUAGACCUAUUUUUUGCACCAGUAUAUGUACCUGUUUUGAAGUGGUUUAUUUUGCAGAGAAUUAUGUUUUAUGUAUGAUUUACAUAUAGUUCUAGGAACAUGAUGUAAAUGAACAUUUAGAAGUUAAUAUGGGGAUAUUGUUGAUUCUAAGACAUUUCCACAGUUCCCCCCAAGACAACUCGCCGCUUUCCAGAAAAGAAAAUACCUUGCUUUUGAGUCAUCUAUUUGAGACAUUUAUAUAUUUCUUGAAAAUUUACUAAAUAUGAAAAAGAAAAC